ACUUAUAUCUGUCUAUCGAUAAAGUCAGACAAAUUGCCCCGAUAUUGCAGCUGGAAAAUAUUUAUAAAAUUUGUAAAUUGGUUUGUAUGCCAUUUAGUAGCGAAAACACACAGCAGCAAGAUGGGCAAGGGCUUCAAUAACUACAUGUGCAAGAAAUUCUUCCACCCCGCCUCCAGGGACAAUCUUAAAAGGGUCUGGAUGGCUGAGCAGCAGGCGGAGGCGUACAAAAAAAAGCAGGAGGAGCUACGAAAUCAAUAUGAAAAGGAGCAGAAUCUGCACGAAAACAAGGCAAUGCUCAGCAAGGACAGCAAAGAUAAGCUGAGUGUUAAUUUCAUGUAUGAGCCACCGCCAGGGGUUCGAAAGGAGCGCGAAAAGGAUGACAACGAGCCGGAGUAUAAGUUCGAGUGGCAGCGAAAGUACAAUGCCCCUAGGGAGUCGUACUGCAAGGGCGACACUGAGAUCAGGGACCAGCCCUUUGGUAUACAGGUGAGGAACGUGCGUUGUCUCAAGUGCCACAAGUGGGGUCACAUCAACACGGACAAGGAAUGCACCAUGUACAGCAUUUCCAUGAGCGAGGCACGAAAACUGCACGCGGAAACUGAGGCCAGCGACAUCAUGGCCAAGAACGUGCUGGAGGAACAGAUGAAGGAGGAUGGACUCAUGAUGAAGCGAUCGGCCCAGGAGCUACAGAGCAUAAGGACAAUCCAACAGAAGCAUCAACUGGUGCCCAGUGAUGGUGAGGAGGAGGCCCAUGCCAAUAACCAAAAUCCAGAACUUGUCUUUCUGAAAUCGCUGUCUAAGAAACAAAAGCUAAAGCUGUUAAAAAAACUGGAGAAGAUUGAACGAAUGAAGCGCAAGGGCGAGGGCGUCAAGAAGCCCUCAAAAAAGAAAUCAAAAAAGGAAAGGCACGAAAAAGAUAGCAAUAAAAAGAAAUCUAAAAAGGACAAAUCAAGCAGAAAAGAAAAAAAAGGUUCACUUAGCGAUAACUCAGACUCAUCUUUAUCUUCGGAUAUCAGCGACUGCGAGGACAAUCACAGGGAUGACAAACGAAAUGGUCAUCAACGGCCUAAGGACUCGUAUCAUAGCCACCAACGACGAAGCAAUGAAAGUAGACAUCGCAGAGAUCGAUCCCGUUCCAGAGAUCGCUUGCGGUCCGUUAGCAGAGACCAAAGAAGGGAGAGGGAGCGCAGAGAUCGGUCCAGGCGGUAGAAUUAGUCUUGUAAAAUCCACCAAUAAAUUUGUACCAAUUUUUACCAUCAUA